AUGGUGGCCCGCAAGGUCGGGUGUCCCUUCCACGAGGAGCUCACCAUUGGCGCGCUGACUCCCGACGGUACCACCGAGCUGAACGAGCACCUGAUGAAGCGGUUCUCCCUGAAGAAGAGUGACUUGGAUAACACCAUCGAGCGAGAGCGUCGAGAAGCGGAGAAGAAGAUCAAGCUCUACAGGGGCGACAAGCCGCCGCUCGAUCUCCAGGGCAAGGUGGUGAUCUUCGUCGACGACGGCAUCGACACCGGCGCCUCCGCCAAAGCCGCCCUCCUGUCCAUCCGCAAGAGACAAGUACUCUCGUGGCUGGGCCACAGGCACCCGAGCAAGCUAGUCUUGGCCGUGCCAGUGAUGCCCUUCGACCGCAUCGGUCAGUUUCACGGUCUCGUAGACGACAUUGUGCCCUUGGCUGCACCAAGGAGAGGAGCGCCUGCGCCCACCAUCAACGAGAAGAAGGGCAAAAAGAUAGACGAGGCCAAGACGGAGCGGCAGGCCACGGGUAUACUUCAGGAGGAGCGGGCCGCAGCUGCCCCCCAGGAAGUCACAAGCAAGUAG